AGCGCGCGGACUGAAAGGAGCGAGUCUCCGUGACUAGGCUUAGGACUCACGGACCGACAGAAUCAACGGCCCCUUCGGCCGUCGGCGGCCAGGCGACCCGAGAUGUUGUCCGGGAAGAAGGCAGCAGCGGCAGCAGCGGCCGCGGCGGCGGCUGCGGCAGCUGCCGGGACAGAGGCUGGCUCCGGGGCAGCGGGCGGCACCGAGAACGGCUCAGAGGUGGCCGCGCCGCCCGCGGGCCUGUCGGGCCCUGCUGAGGCCGGGCCAGGGGCAGCUGGGGAGCGCACUCCCCGCAAAAAGGAGCCUCCACGGGCCUCGCCCCCCGGGGGCCUGGCCGAGCCGCUCGGGUCCGCCGGGCCUCAAUCCGGGCCUACCGUCGUACCUGGGUCUGCGACACCCAUGGAAACGGGAAUAGCGGAGACUCCGGAGGGGCGACGCACCAGCCGACGCAAGCGGGCAAAGGUAGAGUACAGAGAGAUGGAUGAAAGCUUGGCCAACCUCUCAGAAGAUGAGUAUUAUUCAGAAGAAGAGAGAAAUGCUAAAGCAGAGAAGGAAAAGAAGCUUCCACCACCACCCCCUCAAGCCCCACCUGAGGAAGAAAAUGAAAGUGAGCCUGAAGAACCAUCUGGGCAAGCAGGAGGACUUCAAGACGACAGUUCUGGAGGGUAUGGAGACGGCCAAGCAUCAGGUGUGGAGGGUGCAGCCUUCCAGAGCAGACUUCCCCACGAUCGGAUGACUUCUCAAGAGGCAGCCUGUUUUCCUGAUAUCAUCAGUGGACCACAGCAGACCCAGAAGGUUUUUCUGUUCAUCAGAAACCGCACAUUGCAGUUGUGGUUGGAUAAUCCAAAGAUUCAGCUGACAUUCGAGGCUACUCUCCAACAGUUAGAAGCGCCUUAUAACAGUGAUACCGUGCUUGUCCACCGAGUUCACAGUUAUUUAGAGCGUCAUGGUCUUAUCAACUUCGGCAUCUAUAAGAGGAUAAAACCCCUACCAACUAAAAAGACCGGAAAGGUAAUUAUCAUAGGCUCUGGGGUCUCAGGCCUGGCAGCAGCUCGUCAGUUACAAAGUUUUGGAAUGGAUGUUACACUUCUGGAAGCCAGGGAUCGUGUGGGUGGACGAGUUGCUACAUUUCGCAAAGGAAACUAUGUAGCUGAUCUUGGAGCCAUGGUAGUAACAGGUCUUGGAGGGAAUCCCAUGGCUGUGGUCAGCAAACAAGUAAAUAUGGAACUGGCCAAGAUCAAGCAAAAAUGCCCACUUUAUGAAGCCAAUGGACAAGCUGUUCCUAAAGAGAAAGAUGAAAUGGUAGAGCAAGAGUUUAACCGGUUGCUAGAAGCUACAUCUUACCUUAGUCACCAACUAGACUUCAAUGUCCUCAAUAAUAAGCCUGUGUCCCUUGGCCAGGCAUUGGAAGUUGUCAUUCAGUUGCAAGAAAAGCACGUCAAAGAUGAGCAGAUUGAACACUGGAAGAAGAUAGUGAAGACUCAGGAGGAAUUGAAAGAACUUCUUAAUAAGAUGGUAAAUUUGAAAGAGAAAAUUAAAGAACUCCAUCAGCAGUACAAAGAAGCAUCUGAAGUGAAGCCACCGAGAGAUAUCACUGCCGAGUUCUUAGUGAAAAGCAAGCACAGGGAUCUGACUGCGCUCUGCAAGGUGUGGUGUACGUUGUACAUCUGUUUCCAGAAGCUGUUAUUUUUCAGUGAUGACAUACAGAAUUUGGUACAAAUGGAUGAUGACUUUGAGUUCACUGGCAGCCACCUGACAGUGCGGAAUGGCUAUUCCUGUGUACCGGUGGCGUUAGCAGAAGGCCUGGACAUUAAAUUGAACACAGCAGUUCGGCAGGUCCGCUACACAGCUUCAGGAUGUGAAGUGAUAGCUGUGAACACCCGCUCCACGAGUCAGACGUUUAUUUAUAAAUGUGAUGCAGUUCUCUGUACCCUUCCCUUGGGUGUGUUGAAGCAGCAGCCACCAGCUGUUCAGUUUGUGCCUCCUCUGCCUGAGUGGAAAACAUCUGCAGUCCAGAGGAUGGGAUUUGGCAACCUUAACAAGGUGGUGUUGUGCUUUGACCGCGUUUUCUGGGAUCCAAGUGUCAAUUUGUUCGGGCAUGUUGGCAGUACAACUGCCAGCAGGGGUGAGCUCUUCUUAUUCUGGAACCUCUAUAAAGCUCCGAUACUAUUGGCACUGGUGGCAGGAGAAGCUGCUGGCAUCAUGGAAAACAUAAGCGAUGAUGUGAUUGUUGGCCGGUGCUUGGCCAUUCUCAAAGGGAUUUUUGGCAGCAGUGCAGUGCCCCAGCCCAAGGAGACUGUGGUGUCUCGCUGGCGUGCCGAUCCCUGGGCCCGGGGCUCCUAUUCGUAUGUAGCUGCAGGAUCGUCUGGAAAUGACUAUGAUUUAAUGGCUCAGCCAAUCACUCCUGGCCCCUCAAUUCCAGGUGCCCCACAGCCAAUUCCACGACUCUUCUUUGCGGGAGAACAUACAAUCCGUAACUACCCAGCCACAGUCCAUGGUGCUUUGCUGAGUGGGUUGCGAGAAGCAGGAAGGAUUGCAGACCAGUUCCUGGGGGCUAUGUACACCCUGCCUCGCCAGGCCACACCAGGGGUCCCUGCACAGCAGUCCCCAAGCAUGUAAGACAGGCACCUUCUAAGGGAAGAGGCUGGUGUCUUUUGCUGCAGUAAGCAAAGCUCUUCUAGCAAUACUGGAUUCCACUGAGAAACUCUUCCCUGGACCUGGGCGCACGAUCAGCUGCCGGCUUAUUGUGAUCGGAUGGCCAAGAAGGUUGCUUCUUUUGAGUGACCUGGAGCAUAGGGAGGAACUUAUCCAUUAGUCUGAUACUCUGUGUUCUUCGUAAAUACUGAGGCAAGCAAGCACUGUGGAAUAACAUCUUAGUCUCUUGUGUGAUUGGUUUUUUUGUAUUUUGAAAAUAAAACUUCAUAUAAAAUUAGUCCUAUCUUUUUUGUUUCUGCUUUGGGUUGGAGUUGUGUAUUAGACAGGGUGUUACUCCUUUGGAAAUGCCAGUUUUCCCCUAUAGCGAUAGUGGUUAAGUGUAUGUUCUCCAUGUUUAAUUAAGGAUGGUGAUCAUACAAAGGAUUUGGUCAUGUCUGAAGA